AUUCGGGAGGGCAGCUUUACGAGAGCCCGAAUAUGUGCUGACGCUUCCAUGCAAUGUGUUUACCAACUGCGAUUCCCUGAUAAGCCGGCGGAAUGUGACGUGUUUAUGCGGAUGCAUUGAUAUCACGUAAAUGGAUCGCGGAACGAGCUGCGAGUUUAUAGAGAUGGCUCUGUCCUAUACAUUGUGUUGGCUUAUUAGUCAAGGUCUCGUAAUGCCCGGAGCUCCUGUCGAGAUGCACCGGCAUGCGGAGAGGACUUGCUUCUGGAGACAGUCAGAAAUAGCUCCUCCAAUAGAAAGGCAAUUCGAUUCUCAUACCGCAGCCGCUCUAACUCAAAGUACAGCCAGUUAACGAUUUAAAGGGUUGCCGUCUCCUUCUGCUUCGAAAACGGUAGCCAUCCACUGGAUAUGCCCUAUCACGCACUUGACGCUGUUGCUGUUGCUUGCAUUCUGACCUGUCUAUGGCAGUUCCGCUCAUGGCGAAAGAACCACGACAGGCCUCCUCUCCCUCCAGGGCCUAAGGGACUUCCUCUCAUCGGGAACACGCUUGAUAUGCCUGAAGCGGAAGAAUGGGAGGCGGCACGGAAGUGGGGAGAGAAAUAUGGCCCUGUUGUCCACGUCAAGAAUCUUGGAACGUCAUACAUUUUUGUCAACUCAUAUCAGGCGGCCGUCGACCUGUUUGAGAAGCGUGGGUCUAUCUACUCUUGUCGCCCAAAACUCGCUAUGUGGGAACUAGAGAGUUGGGAUUGGUUUGUCCCAGUAAUGCCUUACGGAGACGAACUACGACGGGCAAGGCAGCUGAUGUACCGUUUCUUCCAACCCGCUGCGGUCGUUGACUACACGGAGACGCAGACCCAAGCUGCGCACAAGAUGCUUCAAAGCCUACUCACUUCUCCUGACAAGUUUCCAGAACUAGUCAAGCAUGCGGCUGGAGAGACCAUUUUAAAAAUGUCUUACGGCUAUCAAGUCGCAGAGAGGGAUGACCCAUAUGUUGCCCUCGGGAACAGGGGAUUAGACGCUUUCACUGAGGCGGAGGGCUUCUUUCUUGUGAAUGCCUUCCCUUGGUUGAAGUAUCUACCUGACUGGUUCCCUGGAGCUCGAUUCAAGGAAAUCGCAAAGGAAGGCCUUAAGAGCUCGCUCGGCGUAUAUUAUGACCAGUACAAGCUAGCCAAGAAAAAAUAUGCGGAAGGGUCGGUUGUUCCUUCGAUGUCCAGCAGAUUGAUAGAAGCAAGCAUGACACAUGACGCGGUCAUAAAUGACGAAAUGUUAAUUGCGAAAGUUACGGGCACAUCGUACGGUGCCGGAGCUGACACUACUGUCUCGGCUCUUCACUCGUUCUUCCUUGCUAUGGUACUUUAUCCAGAAGUUCAGCAACGUGCUCAAGAGGAGCUUGAUAAAGUGGUAGGAAAGGAUACGUUACCAUCAUUCGAUGAUCGACCGAACCUGCCGUACCUCAAUGCUGUCAUCAAGGAAACUUAUCGCUGGCAGAUCGUUGCACCACUCGCGGUUGCACAUACUGUGACAGAAGACGACGUAUACGAAGGAUACUUCAUCCCCGCCGGAGCGGUUGUUCUUCCGAACCUUUGGGCAAUGAUGAAGGACCCUGCGACAUAUCCUAACCCAGACGUGUUUAUUCCUGAACGCUGGUUACCAGAGGAUGGAAAGGAGCCGCCUCUGGAUGUACACAAAAUUGUUUUUGGCAUUGGCCGGCGAAUCUGCCCAGGACGGCACUUUGCAGAUAAUGCUGUCUUCAUAGGUGCAGCGUCCCUUCUUGCAGCGUUCAACAUCUCCAAAGCACUCGACACAGAUAGUGUUCCGAUUAUUCCGGAUCAGAAAUACUACACACACUUCGUAAGACACCCCAAGCCGUUCAAAUACUCCUUAACGGCUCGAUCAGACAAGAUUGCCUCCGUUGUUCACCAGGCAGUCGAGGCGGCGAAGUAGGUAUCACGAAGAACCUCUUCUGCGAAGUAAGAUUCGAUAGAUAGGAUAAACUGUACUUCAAGAUAAAUAAGUUCCUUGUUCUCA